AUGGGCUAUCGCGUUUUACGAACACCCAACCGUCGCCUCUCCCUCUUAUCCCGUCGCACCUCCCUCCUACCCCGCCGUUACCAUUCCCUCCCAUCCCGCCGCCACACCGUCGUCGCCUCUCCCUCACCUCGCAAUCGCCACUCCCUCCCAUCCCGCUGCCCUCUUCUCCCAUCCCACCGCCGCCACUCCAUCCUGUCCCGCCGCCGCCCCUCCCUUCUCCACGCCGUCGCCGCUCCGUCCCUCCCCGCCGUCGCCUCUCCUUCUCUCCCUGCAGUCGCCUCUCCUUCCCUCCCCACCGUCGCCUCUCCGUCCCUCCCCGCCGUCGCCUCUCCUUCCCUCCCCGCCGUCGCCUCUCCUUCCCUCCCCUCCGUCGCCUCUCCUUCCCUCCCCGCCGUCGCCUCUCCUUCCCUCCCCGCCGUCGCCUCUCCUUCCCUCCCCGCCGUCGCCUCUCCUUCCGUCCCCGCCGUCGCCUCUCCUUCCGUCCCCGCCGUCGCCUCUCCUUCCCUCCCCUCCGUCGCCUCUCCUUCCGUCCCCGCCGUCGCCUCUCCUUCCGUCCCUGCCGUCGCCUCUCCUUCCCUCCCCGCCGUCGCCUCUCCUUCCCUCCCCGCCGUCGCCUCUCCUUCCCUCCCCGCCGUCGCCUCUCCUUCCCUCCCCGCCGUCGCCUCUCCUUCCCUCCCCGCCGUCGCCUCUCCUUCCGUCCCUGCCGUCGCCUCUCCUUCCCUCCCCGCCGUCGCCUCUCCUUCCCUCCCCGCCGUCGCCUCUCCUUCCCUCCCCGCCGUCGCCUCUCCUUCCCUCCCCGCCGUCGCCUCUCCUUCCCUCCCCGCCGUCGCCUCUCCUUCCCUCCCCGCCGUCGCCUCUCCUUCCCUCCCCGCCGUCGCCUCUCCUUCCAUCCCCGUCGUCGCCUCUCCUUCCGUCCCCGCCGUCGCCUCUCCUUCCCUCCCCUCCGUCGCCUCUCCUUCCGUCCGUGCCGUCGCCUCUCCUUCCGUCCCUGCCGUCGCCUUUCCUUCCCUCCCCGCCUUCGCCUCUCCUUCCCUCCCCGCCGUCACCUCUCCUUCCCUCCCAGCCGCCGCCUCUCCUUCCCUCCCCGCCGUCGCCUCUCCUUCCCUCCCCGCCGUCGCCUCUCCUUCCCUCCCAGCCGUCGCCUCCGGCGAGUGCACGAGCGCAAGCGCAAGUCGGUGCGCGAGCGCGGGUUGGUGCGUGCGCGGGUGCGCGAGCGCGGGUUGGUGCGCCAGCGCGGGCUGUUUUCUGAGGCACCGUGGUUAUCAGGUGCGUUCCCGGUCCUUUCAUCCUCCCUCCCCCCUCUGA